UCGAAAAUUACUGCACCAAUCCUAAUGAAAUUUGGAACACAAAAUCCAAGCCUAGGGAGAAGAGCAAUGCUGUAUGUUUCAUACAAUUCAUGGACCAAAAUUACUGAAUGGAUCCUUAUGAUAUUUGGAACUUAGAUUCAAUGCAUAAAGAUGGGUAUAAUGCAGUAUGUUUGGUUUGAAUUUGAGGUGGCUUAAAGGGAGCAGAACCACCCAUGAAAUUUCAUAAAUUUGUGAUGUUGAUGAAAUUUCAACCAUAGCUAUGGCAGAAGGUGAAACCUACACAGUAUUUGACUCAGACACGCAUCAGCCAUUAACUGUGACUGUCAACCCAGAAGAAGGACAUUCUAGUAUUCAAUAUAUUACUCCAGAUGGUACCCCACUAACUAGUCUGAAUCAAACACAGGCAGCAGAAAUAGUACAUGUAACAGAGUCUCAAAAUGCUGUCUACACCACUAUACCGAAUUCAACAUAUGUUGCCACUCCUGCGUCUUCCCAGACUGCCAUCGCCAACACAGCUGUGCCUUUGGUAGUGCAAUCAAGUAAUGGAGUGCAGAUGCAGAAUGUUCAAGUUCAACAAGCAAUAGUCCAACAGCAGUCACAACAAGGAAGCAAUGUCAUCCAGGCUCAAUCUGUUGUUCAGAACAAUGUCUCCAACGUUGCUGGUUCCGGUUUACCACAAAUGUUGUUUCUAAACCAAGUUAAUGUUAAUGGACAGCCAUCUCUCGUUUUGGUAGACUCCAAUAAUAAACCUGUACAGUUACCUCAGGGUAUUCAAGUGAUAAAUUUACCAACGCAGCAGAUAGCUGGUCAACAGCUACCUAUGGUCAGUCCUGGAGAAACUGGAGAGGAGCCAUUGUAUGUGAAUGCUAAACAGUAUCAUCGAAUUUUAAAAAGACGGCAAGCCAGAGCAAAACUAGAGGCUUUGGGCAAAAUACCUAAAGAAAGGCGGAAAUACUUAUAUGAAUCGCGGCAUCGUCAUGCCAUUAAUAGACAACGUGGCCAAGGAGGUGUCUUUGUCAGUGGACCUCGAAAAGAUCCUUCACCUAUAAACCAUUCACAUGGAGCUGCAAAUGGCAGCAGCCAUAUUCAACCCACGGAGACAAGAUACAGAGAAAUUGCAGCUGCCACAUGUUCACCGAGCUCAGGGCAUCCGAGUGAUUUACUCAGCUCUUUAACGACUUGACUUAACUGAAACCCAAUGCUCAUUCAUGUAAAGCGCCUCUAAAAUUCCUGUGCUAAUGUUAUGAACUUUGUACUUCAUAUCUGAAGGGACAUGCUAAGUGAUAUUGUAUAUAAUAUUAUGAAUGAAUGAUGUACUGACAGAGUAACUAUAUAUAUGUGUGUGUAUAUACAUAUAUAUAACUGUCCACUAUUAAACAGACAAAAGUGACAGUGUACGGACUAAUGGAUUCAGCAUUAAAAAACUUUAACGUGCUGAUUUUGUUACACAUCAUCCACUUUCAGUAUAGUGGCAAUCAUUUUCCUUUUAUUCUUCAUCAUCCACCAUAUCUCUGUCCUCUCUCUUCUCUCUUUCUUUCUUUCUGCAUUCCCCUCAUCCUGCUGUGUAUUGAAUAGAGAAUCAGUUUUUGUCUUUUCAGAAAAUUGUUUUCUUUCAUUGCUUCAGCAUGCUACUUACAUCCCUGUUUUUAAAGUUCUUCAUCCUGUCCUUCCAUGUUUAACUUCAAACAUACAAAGUAACUCGCACAAACUAUCUUUGAUAUAUAUAUGUAUAUAUAUAUAUAUAUAUAACAUACACAUACACAGCCACACACACCAACACAAAACUGCAGAUAUACAGAUAUUUUCCAUCUCCCCCAAAAUGCAAUACUAUCUCCUUGUGAUUGUAUAUAUUAACAUAUUAAUGUGCACUCUGUCCUUGCUCUAUUGGAAUAUGUAGCUGAUGAUGCUUGGCAGCUAAACUAGCGAUGCAUUCACUCUGGGAGAACUUGUUUCAUUGCCAUGUUUUGUUGUUUGUUUGUUUUGUUUGUUUUACUUCUCUGCUUUCUGUUCUCUAAUGGCUCAAUUAGCCCCACCACCACUAAUUCUCAUUUGCAAAAAGGGAAAAUAAUUCAUAACAAAAAUAUAGGUCUCAGGUGUUGUAUAUGCAUAUAUACGCACACAUAUACAAACACAAAAGUACACACACAUAUGUAUAUAUAGGAAGAGAGAGGAGGAAGAUAGGUAAUUAUGUGUGUGUGUGUGUAUUAGAAAUUUCUGUCCUAUCUUGAGUGGGUGGAUCAUUUUACCUUGGGACACCUGGAUUCACAAGAACAUAUCCUUGAUGUGGUGGCAAAUAGCAACAAAAAGACUUU